AUGCGUAAGCUUAGUAGUUCGGGUGUACACAUGAACGGUUUUGGUCUCCCUGCGGCCCUCAGAGAUUAUCUCAUUUUUAUCCACCCCAUUCUUGAGUACGGCUUAGCCAUCGUUCCUGCUAGCCGGAGUGACGUUCAGAUCCUGCAGAAGGCUCAAAAUAUGUGUCUCCAGACAUGUAUUCGACGGCCCGAUGCAACUAUGGGAGUUGUUCAUAUCGCUGCAUUAGCUGCUCUACCCAACCUAUUCACCCGUUCCCGUGCUCUUCAAGCCAAAUUUCUUCAUCGUGCUGAAACACUACCCUCAGACUCCCUGAUCAAAGCUCUUACCACGCAGCUGGAACUUUCCAAAGAAAAAACGACAUGGGGUGAGCUUCGUCGUAGUGUACUCUGGAAAAAGGCCCAAUUGCUGAAAGAACAUCAACCCCGGUUGAAGGACCCAUUAAAAGAAGCUUAUGUUCUACUGUGCCAAAAAGAAAUCGACAUGCAACUUGCGAGCGUUAACCGUCCGGUAACCGUCGCUAGAGGCUUGUGCAAACCUGUCUGGGAUCCGGUCUUACUACUGCCCUGCACUCGUUCAGAACGACGCCGACUGAUCAAAUGGCGAAUUGCUUGGCUACCACCUACACCAUCAGUUGAGUGCCAAUGUGGCGCUAUCAAGGGUAACCAAAACCACAUGCUUAUAUGCCCCGCCACAAUCACUCUCGUUCAAAAACUCUGGUCUUUGAUGGAUCCUGCUCCUCCUCCAGAGGUUCAUCUCAUCGACUAUGCUCUCAACUGUCUCCCCAGGUUUUUCAAAUCGCCUGGUACGUGGUGCGAUUGGUGGCCGUGCUUGCUUGCCUUGCUACGUGCUGUUGAUCAAACCACCUCAUCCUACAAACUGCCAGAAGAAAAAGCUCAUGGUCAAAUCCCCAUCGACCUUGCAGCAAAAUUCCGUGCCACAAAACCAACCCGUCCUCACCGCAUCCCGCCGCCCACCCAAGAACCUGUUCCUGGUGAUCCGUUCCCCCAUCUUCUCUCCAAAAUUUCCACCGUUCCUCGUCAACCCCCUCCAUCUGUGCCCGCUCGAAAUUGUGCCUAG